GUGAUGCCAAGCAUCCCUGCACAGUGCCGUCGGCCUCCCUUCUGCCCUAGCCGACCACCACAGUGCUUGCCGACGCCGCCGUCUCUCGACCCAACGCCGGCCACCGUCUGUAGCUAUGCACCGUCGACCCCACAGAUGAGCUCCAACAGCGGCUUCACGGUCAUGUACUCAUCAUCCAUUUACCUUUGUUUUGGUUGUGAGCUUGAUCUUGCAUCUACUGCCCAAUUGAUUUUCAGAUUUACAAGGAGCAGUUCCAUCAUAUCACUGAUGAGGAAUUCAAUUGGGCAUAUGGAAUGUGAAGAUUUUGGAUCAGUAUUGGGGAUAUUAAUUCAAGAUAAGUUAUGUGUGGAGUUUUGGUUGUAUUUCUAUGAGUAUUUGGAGGAUAUGCAUUUGUAUCGGAUUAUGUUGGAAAUAUUGUAA